AUGGAGUACCAGCCGUUGCGAGCGCCGGCGGCGGCGGCGCCGAGUGCGGCGCUGCAGCAGCCAUCUGAGUCGCUGUACUGGCGCAAGCAGUUCCAGUCGCCCAUCUUUUUGAAAGAGUUUGCACCGGUGACGUGCAUCAAUUUUGUGCCGACCCCGUCGAGCGUCGGCGAAGACGAAGGCUCGAGCGCGGUCGGCAGCUCGCGUAGCCGGUUUGCGGUGACGACCGGCACGCGCGUACAGAUAUACAGCAUGCGCACCAGCCGCGUGGUCAAGACCAUUACGCGCUUCAAGGACGUGGCGCGCAGCGCGCACUUUCGCUCCGACGCCCGCCUGCUGGUCGCGGGCGAGGACAAUGGCACAGUGCAAAUCUUUGACACAAACUCGCGCACGAUUCUGCGUACCUUUCACGGGCAUCAGCUCCCGGUACACGUGUCCAAGUUCUCGCCGAACCCCACGCAGGUGCUCACUGCCUCGGACGACUGUACCGUGCGCAUCUGGGACGUGCCCGAGCAGCGCGAGGUGCGCACAUUUGAAGGACACACGGACUAUGUGCGUGCCGCGACCGUGUCGCCCGACAAUGCCAAUCUCGUGCUCUCUGGCUCAUACGACUCGACCGUGCGCCUGUGGGAUCUGCGCAUGGCCGAGCGUGGUGGCGAGGCGAUGCAGAUGGAGCACGGCGCGCCGGUCGAGGACGUGCUCGUGUACCCCACUGGCGGCGGCGGCAUUGCGCUCAGCGCAGGCGGCCCGGUGGUGCGUGUGUGGGAUUUGCUGAGUGGCGGCCGCUGCACGCACGCCAUUUCGAACCACCAAAAGACCAUCACCUCGCUCGCGCUGUCGGUCGACUCGGGCGCCGGCUUCACGUCGAGUCAAGGCAGUGGCGGCAUGCGCGUGAUGAGCGCGGGUCUCGACCACCUCGUCAAGGUGUACGACCCCGCCCAGGACUAUCGUGUGACGCAUACGAUGCGAUACCCCGCGCCGAUCCUCAGUCUAGCUGUUGCGCCGGACGAGAGCCAUAUCGCGACCGGCAUGGCGGACGGCACUCUGUGCAUCCGCAAGCGCGAGCUCAAGGCUUCCGAGCUGCAGAGCCGCGAGCGUCGCCGCGACGCGUUCCGCACCGGUGCGUACGAGCACUUUGUCGAUACCACGCCCGCGAAUGCGCCGGCACGCGCCUCGGCGGCGACCGGCAGCGAGGAGCUGGCGGCCGAGUCGCGGCGGCGGCAGCGUCUCAAGCGGUACGACCAGCUGCUCAAGGCAUUCCGCUACCGCGACGCGCUCGACGCGAGUCUGCAGCACGGCGUACCCGCCAGUGUGACGUUUGCGCUGCUCAUGGAGCUCAUCCGCCGUUCGCCGAGCGGCCAGGCCGACGGUCUGCGCCGCGCCAUUUCCGGGCGCGACGACGUGACGCUCGAGCCUCUGCUGCGCUUCCUACUGCGCCACGCGACCAACCCGCAGUACACGAGCCUGGUGUGCGACACGCUGAACAUGGUCAUCGACACCUACGCCUCGGUGCUGGGCCAGUCGCCGAUCAUUGACGAUCUGUUCGGCCGUAUUUGGAGCAAGCUUGCGGAGGAGAUGCGUCUACAGACGCAACUCACGCAGGUAAACGGCGCCCUGGAAAUGAUCCUCGCCCGCUCCGCCCUCGCCGCCGCCUCGACGUAG